GGCCUCGUCUCUGUUUUCGUCGCUUUUUGUGGUGGUUUGUUGUUAUUGCUUUUGCGGUGUACACAGCGAGGCGACAGAUACAUUCGACCCUCAUACGAACCAAGAACGCCUCAUUCUUACAACUUUGCAUUCUAGCUCAAGAGCCGCGGCACCAUUUCCCUUGCGCCGUUACCCAGGAGCGCACCUGCCACCCAGGCGAAGAAAAGAGUCAGCUUUGCUUAGACUCCAUCUCGGCUGUCGAGCACUCUUUCUCCACUUUCCAAAACCCAGGAAUCCUGCAAUGUGGAUUAAGCCUUUACAUUGAAAAUGACUUCUGAAGUGAACUUCAAGUCGUCCCCUCAGUCCCCUACCGACAAGCUCUCAACCACGCCUCAAGAAGAUCCGAAAACACUUGGUGCUGCAGUAUCCGGUCUGACCAAAGAAGCUAAGCAACAAUACCUGAUAAAUGAAAUCAAGAAGCUCGUCGAAGAUUGCGAAGAUUUCAUCGGCCUGGUGCCGGGUCCUCAUGGUGUCCCCGAGGUUGUGGUUUCCCCCAAUAUCAAGAAGGACAGAUGGGCGAUUAUUGGCGAGUCUCAUGGGACCUUUGCCCAAUACCUGUCCAUGCGUAGCCCCAGCGCUCCCGCCCAUUGCUGCGGCGCCAAUCACCAAAAUGCUAAACCCUCGAAGCCAGAACCUGUGGCGGAUGCGGUAACGGCAGGCGGUGCAAUUACUUGGCCCGCGCAACGUCCUCUGAAGCGGCACAGAUCUAAGACCAACAUCUGCUCAAGAAAUACGUCAAGAUCACGGCCUCAGCAGAGUGGUGGCGGAGCAAGGCUCUGGGAAGCUCCCGCAUCUCAAAUCCGGGUGGACGACCAUGAGAAGCUAGCCCACUGGUAUAGAGAGGCCUUUUUGAUACUGCAACAGGUGGCUUGUCGGCUGGUGGCCAAGGUCUGGAUCAAAAGACUCCACCCCAAGAAGCAAUCGACGCAUCCUUAUAAUGGCCAAAUGCCACGGGGCGAGCCUCCGGAUCCGGAUCGGACUCGGCCACCUUACUGGCCUGCUGAUGUCAUCCACCGAGAGCCAGAUCAUAUUGGUCGCGAUGACAGAACCCGGCUGCUCGUCCAUUUGAUCACGAAUACCCCCCAGCCAGUCAUUACGAACCCUCCGUCGGAUGGGGCGAACCAGCAAUUCGUCAGGGCUCGAGACCUGCUAGAAUCUCUGCAGACGAAGAGAAGUGAGUUGCGAGAAGACCGCUGGGAUAUCAUUCAACAGAUUGUGAAUGCGAGAGAGAAACAAGAGCAGUAUGAGGCCAACGAGAUAGACGGCGAUACGCUGGUCUUUGUUUGUGACUACGGCGACGGUACCAGUUCCAAAUUGUCCGCAAUCGAUUCUGAUGACGACGGGCUUCGGCGAGCUGGUUCUGCGCUUGGGGCAUCCAGUGACGGCUCCAUAGAUGCCGGUGAAGAGCAUGAACCAACGCCAGGCUCAUCUACACAAACAUCUCCCAAUGAUCAGACUGCCACGGACGCUCGCCUCCUAAGCAACAAAGCUCGGACCUCGGGUUUCAAGGAAGCCAGCAGUCGUCGCUACGCACCGCGUCGACCUCGACAGAGCUUCAAUAGCGCUCGGGUGGUAUCGGUUAUUGCCCCGCGGACAGGACAGGAGUUUUCUCCUGGGGUGAAAAUGGGGAUGGAGGACGGGACGACACUAACAGAUGGCGUCAUGCUACCAAUAGCUGGAAUCCACCAGGUACCACCCAGUGUGUUUGCGCGCAAUAUUGACAGCCACGCUGGGACGAACGCCAUGAUCCAUGCUGCUGCGCAUAGUGGUCAUCUCACUACAGACCUUCACUCUUCAACCUGGUCAGGGAUGCUGCCAGACAUGGGACCUGACCCACCUCCCGAGAUGUUCGGCAUCCCCUCUAAUAUGGCGCCACACCCGGUUGGCUUGAGACACGGAUAUUUUGCUCAAGAGUCGCUCGAAAUGGCCAACGGGAUCCAAAGUGGACUGGCUCCCACCGUCGUAAACCCCAUGCUUUACCACGACUUUGGGGACAACGCGCGACGUUCUUUGCCGCUGCGGGUUGCAGAAACACAGCAAGCCGCAAUGAUACCAACUCCGGACAUCAGCAUGGAGAUGAUGGCUGACCGUUGCUACAAGCUCGAUCAUUGGUGAUGUCUUUCAACCUCAAGCUCACGUCUCCGAAGCCUGUGGUCAACCCGUCCCAUCUCAAAACAAGGUGACAGUGCCAAUUGCGGGCAGAAUUCUCGCCGCUCAUAUCUCAGCAGAUCCCAUCAUGGCCUGCUUUGCCGGAAAUACUCUCGACUGCGGUACCCGCCACCACGUUGCACGAAUUCCCUUUUGCGCUUUAUCACGUUUUGUCGUUUUUAUGAUUUUCUUCGUUUCGGUCUGCAUUCUUUGACCUGUUGCAUUUAUCGGCUGCAUUUUCUGCAUUUCUGACAAGGGGAUGAAGCACAGCAGCCAUGAAUUGGAGCAAGUCACAGCUAAAAGUUUGGAGUGAGGUAAUGAGUCGGGUUGUCAGGGUGGCGCCUCGGUCGUGCCAGGUGGAAGACAGUGACCAUUCGUAUUCGGCACGGCAGGAUUGGCGAGGCGAAAGAUACGAGCGAUUCUCUCUUGGGCAGUGUUUUGGCCUUGGGUUUUCGGACUAUCUCAGUUGCGACUGCUUUGCGGUUCUGACUUGGUUUGCUUUGAUUGUGGUUUGAGGCCCAUCGAACAGCUUGUGCGGCGUUCUCAUAAUGAAUGUGAGCAUUUGCUUGGGGCUUUCUCGGGUCAAUGUAGAUGAGAUACGAGUCAAGAUAUUGGGCAUCUAACCAUGUCAAAUGAAU